CUGUGGGCGUGGCUUAGUAGACGUCUCCUAUUGCAUCAUCACCGUCGUCCCAUGGACUGACUUGUUUAUUGUCGAGCAAGAUGGAGUUCCUUCUGGGAAAUCCUUUCAGUACCCCGGUGGGUCAUUGUAUCGAGAGAGCCACUGAUGGGUCCCUGCAGAGUGAAGACUGGACCCUCAACAUGGAGAUCUGUGACAUCAUCAAUGAGACAGAGGACGGGCCGAAGGAUGCGAUGAGAGCGGUGAAGAAGCGGCUGAGUGGCAACAGAAACUACAGGGAAGUGAUGCUGACUCUAACGGUUCUGGAGACGUGUGUGAAGAACUGCGGCCAUCGUUUCCACGCCUUGGUGACCAGUAAGGACUUUGUGGACGGCGUCCUCGUUAAAGUCAUCUCUCCUAAGAACAAUCCGCCUACCAUCGUUCAAGACAAAGUCCUGGCUCUGAUCCAGGCUUGGGCCGAUGCGUUCAGGAGCAGUCCGGACCUCACAGGUGUGGUCCAGGUGUACGAGGAGCUGAAGAGGAAAGGCAUCGAGUUCCCCACCUCAGAGCUGGAGACUCUGUCGCCCAUCCACACCCCUCAGCGGGCGGCGUCAGCUCCAGAGGGCGACUCUGCACUCCACAAGUACAGCAGCAGCAGCAGCAAGACUAAAGCCGCGCCGCAGCCCGUCCCACCAGCCUACAGCGCGCCGCAGGCCCCCAGCCUGCAGCCGGGGGGCGCCGUCACCCCCAGCCCUGAGCAGAUUAGCCGGCUCCGCAGCGAGCUGGACGUCGUCCGUGGAAACACCAAGGUGAUGUCAGAGAUGCUGACGGAGAUGGUGCCAGGGCAGGAGGACGCGUCAGACUACGAGCUGCUGCAGGAGCUGAACAGGACGUGCCGAGCCAUGCAGCAGAGGAUAGUGGAGCUCAUCUCCUGCGUCUCCAACGAGGCGGUGACCGAGGAGCUGCUGCACGCCAACGACGACCUCAACAACAUUUUCCUCCGCUAUGACAGGUACGAGCGGUUUCGGUCCGGCAGAUCCUCGGCUCAGAGUGUCAACAACGGGGUUCUCAGUGAGGCCACAGAGGACAAUCUGAUUGACCUUGGACCCGGCUCGCCUGCGGUGGUCAGCAACAUGUCCAGCGCCGCUCCGUCCAGCCUGCCCCCCGCCCUGAGCAGCGCUGCAGGGAGGCCCUCGUCCCCGGCCUCCCUGGCCUCCCGCCUGGCCGGUUUAGACGUGGGCGCCGACAGCGUCAGUAGCACUCUGAGCGCGCUGAGCAGCUGCAAGCCGGCAGCAGCGCAGGAUGACUUUGACGUGUUCGCUCAGACCCGGAGCGGCGCGCUGGCAGAACCACACAGAACGUUGUCAGCAGCAGACGCUGCAGCGGACGACCCUCCGCCCACGCUGGACGUCCAGCAGCCGGCUGCUGCAGGCGCGGGCCGGGAGCGUCAGUCCUCUGUCAUGGAUGACAUAGAGGAGUGGCUGAGCACCGAUGUGAAAGGAGACGAAGGAGAGGAAGGCGUGACCAGCGAAGAGUUCGAUAAGUUCCUGGAGGAGCGGGCCAAAGCUGCCGAGACCGGCCCGCCGUCGCCCCCCAGUGGCGCGGCGCAAGGAACGCCCAGCAGGAAGAAGACGGGGAGACAGGAAGACGCUCUGCUGGCCAUGUAGACCAUCAGCCCCCGUUGAUCCUCCUACGUCUCCAGACCAGAACGGCUGCAGUCCAGAGACGUCCAGGUCACCCACUUCCUGCUUCCUGUGUCCCACUUCCUGUUUCCAGACAUUUUCAGUAACUCUGAGGCAGGACGGCCAUCAUAUCAGCGUUGGGUUUGUUUUAGCUGCUCCUAAGCAGAACCGACCCGUUUGGUUCUGUAGGACUGACCGUCCUCUCUGAUGUUUGUCCUAGUCAAAUCAUCUCCCAGUUGGUUUGUAAAUGUUUGGUGUAUAUUUGCUUCAGAGUCGCUGGUUUCAUUAGUUUCUGUUCAGAACAAAAAGGGAAAAACCUCCAUGAUGCGACAGGAAGAAGAAAGGCGGGAACUUCCUGUUGAUCCAACUGAAGCUGCUGGCAGGGCCGGCCCAAAGCCCCCAGGGGCCCGGGGCCCCUGUCCCCCACCGUGGGGCCCCCUUACAUUAUAUCCUGACUGUUAAAAGAAGCUGCUGCCGCAACGUUUGCUCAUGCCUUGGGCCGGCUCUGCCUUCACUGUUUGUUUUGUCCUGAACUCGUUUAGAGGACCAAACGUUUCGAUUUGACUUCCUGUUUCUGAUUCAGCUUCACACUACAGAUGGAGUUUGCACAUCAUCGGUGUCGUUAUUAAUCUAAAGAUUUGCUGACAUCCUCAGAGGCCUGACCUUUCAACACCACAUUUGUUUUCAGAAAUGAGUCGCAGCGUUUAGGUCCAGACCAGCGCUUGGUCGCCGCGGCAACGAGCGUUUCCGUUGAGCUGCAGAAGUAAUUUAUUCUCUGAUCAGUAUUUAAGUAUUUUAUUGAGCUGAGGAUCAACUGGCAUCAUGUCUGGACUUUAAUGUUGUUGCUUCUGUUUCUGCUGAAGAGAUUCCUCCCCCCUCCCCCACCCGCUGCUGCUGAUCAGGAUUUAUGUUGUUGGUUGAAAUCAAACGAUGAAGAUGAAGAUGAAGGUUUUAGUCUGAAGUCACCAGAACAAUAACCAACAUGAAGAUUGCACUUUUUAGAGAUUUCCUUUGGUUUCCGGGUUUUGUUGUCGCUGGUGAUUCUGGUUCCAGAGCGAAGCCGCCAUGUUGGAUCUGAACUCGGAGCCGCCAUGUUGGAUCUGAACUCGGAGCCGCCAUGUUGGAUCUGAACUCGGAGCCGCCAUGUUGGAUCUGAACUCGGAGCCGCCAUGUUGGAUCUGGGCUGCUCCAUCUUUCUGUUCUUUGUGUUUCUUCAAUUAUGCAUGAACUCUAAAUAAAAUAAUCGGUGUGAUCCACA